UGCCCUCCCUCUCCCUCCCAUCAUAUAUGGGCGUUGCCUAGCUGACAAUAAAUUCCUGGAUAGUCGUUCAGUGAGGGCCUGCACUCUUCACUGACUCUCAACGCACCGUCUCUGCCUUUCCUUGACCUGCAUCCAUUUCUGGAGCCAUGACUGAUUUGGAGAAAAGCAUGGAGUCCCUGAUUGAGGUUUUCCACCGCUAUGCCGGUCAAGACAGCGAUGGGAAGACCUUAAGCAAGAAAGAACUGAAAAAACUCAUUGAGAAUGAGUUACCCUCCUUCUUGGCAUGCCAGAAAAACCCCAAUGUCGUGGACUGCAUCAUGAAAGAUUUGGACCAAAACAAAGAUGAUAAGUUGGACUUUGAAGAAUUCAUUCCCCUCGUUGUCGGUCUCUCAAUGGCCUGUGAGAAGUGUUACGUGCUCCAUGCACAGAAGGGCAAGAAGUGAUGGGCAAAUAUUAGUGGGAAAUAAUUGUGUUGUUUUUUUUUUUUUGAGAAAGAGAAGUUUGUAGCACAAACGUGCCAGAUUCACAAGUAAAACUACCUUUGACAAGA